AUGGAGCUAAAUCAGUGUCCAGAACGGUUUCAGUCUUUUUAUCGAAUUUCUAAAGACUGUUUUACUCGGCUACUGAACAUAAUAAAACCAAAAAUAACUAAAAAGAAUACAAACUGGAGAAAUUGUGUUAGUGCAGAAGAGCGAUUAUUAAUAACUCUUAGAUAUUCUGCCACGGGCUCAUCUUUUAAGUCCUUACAAUUUUAUUUUUUAAGAGGGCAUAAAACAAUACGAAAAAUUGUUCAUCACACAGCCUAGAUGUUAUGGAAAACUCUACAGCCAGAGUUUUGACCAAAACCGACUAGGGAAAAAUGGUUGGAUAUCGCUGAACGCUUUUAUAGUCUAUGGAAUUUACCUAAUUGUAUUGCGAGCAUUGAAGGCAAGCACAUUAGGAUAAAAGCACCCCCAAAUUCAGGAUCUGCAUUCCACAAUUAUAAAGGUUUUUUUCUAUAGUGCUGUUAGCUG